UUUCCCAGACUGUUUGUUACUUCAUCAAGGUGCCAGUCGAGGAUCAGAAGCGUCUGACCGAACACAGGAACCAUGAGCAUCAGCUGCGUUCACUUCGCUUCGUCCCGGCUCGUCCUCUUCACUGCUCUGGCCAUCUGCAUGGCUUUAGUGCAGACAGAAACAGUGGCGGAUUUGUCCCCGGCUCUGCACAAUGAUAACCAGGACACGCUGUCUGGUGCAGGAGACUAUGAUAUAACUACAAAAGAUCCCGUCCACCAUCUGACAGAAAACCCCAUCUUGAAAUUCACCCCUGAUUAUGUGGACUCUACACACACAGUUACACUGAAUGAGGAAGAAGGUGUGCUGGGGCCAGGUGCCAUCACGGCUAUAGUCAUUGCUGUGUUCCUCGGAGCUUCUGUUCUUCUCGCUCUCAUUGUUAUCACACUUAGAAAGUUCACUGCCUCAUAGGAAGGGACGACAUCUUUUCCCCCCAAUCCCAUCUCUUUCCCAUCUCAUUUACUUGUCUUGUAUUUCUUCUGCAUGCCCCGAGCUAUGUUUUCAUUAAGUGUCUCACUGACGGCAGGUCCCUCAUGAAAUUGCUUGCAGCUGCUCUUCGCUGUUAUUUUGAGACCUGCUUUCUUCACAUUCAACAUUCAAGACAUGAAAUAAGAAAACCAGACUAAGGUUAAUACGAUUAAUUGAUCUUGUGAGAAAUGAUCAAUUGGGUUUGAGAUCGUGUCAAACUGUUAAAAACAGAUUGUUUUGUAAUGACUUGAAGAUUAUAAAAAAUUGAUUUAUUUACAAAUAUUUUCAUUUAUUUCACUUGUAACUAGUUUUUCUGUGUGAUUUUUUACUUUGUUGCAAGUCUAUGCCAAGUUUUUAAAAAAUUUAU